AUGCCCACCCUCAUUGUCACUUCCGUGCUCACCAGAAACCGCCUCCGGCCAUCCAUCGCGGUGUUCCAGCGAGACACCGCCCAGUCUGAGCCCAAGGCUGACGCCGACAAAGCGUAUCCUGCCCCAGAGCCCGACUCCCUCACAGUGCUCAAGGCCUCACGUGGAUACGAGUAUGAGCGCCAGCGGGCCAAGAAGAGCGCAGAGUCGGAGCGGAUGAGGGAGCGCAAGGAGCGGUACCGGCGCGCGUGGCAGCAGUCCGCAGCGCGGUCGCACAAGCUCAUGCCCCACGGGAACGGGAGUGAGAAGCGCAAGAAGGCGUACGGGAUGGAGAUGGACGACGAUGAGAACGUACCGCCGUGCGUGAACGAGGAGCGGGGGGUUACGGAGGACGCGGCCCGGUUCAGGGAGCGGCAUGAGUUGGAUAUCGCGUCGCUGAUCAAGUCAGCGAAGUCGACGACACCCAAGUCGAAAGUCGAUGACUUCGAGGUCAUAGCCAAUGUCCGCUCGGUCAUUGUCCUGGAUGACCAGGUCUCCAAUGACUUUGAACUGGACGAACCGUGGGAGCAUAUCUCGAUCGAAGAUGGGUGCGAGAGUAAAGUUGCGGUCCCGUCGUAUGCCCAGAUCCUCUCAAAGGCUUGA